AUCAUCUGUGCACCAGUAGCCACUUCUGUCUUUACAUUUUUUUAAUAUAAUAUUUUGUAUAAUUCCGAAUGUGAUUAAAGUUUCGGUUCGGCAGAAACAGCUGCGGGAACGAUUACGGAAGGGAAAGCGGGCGAUAGUGCAGACCCGGACCGAGUUAACGGUAACACCAGCUGGAUACAUUGACAGCGUUGCCGUGGAUACGCAGCGAUGCGGCGGCUGUACGUCGGUGGGUUGGGCCACUCGGUCUCCAAGAAGGACCUGAAGGACCGAUUUGGAAAGUUUGGAGACGUGCAGGACGUCGAGCUCCGGACCAGGAAGGACGAUGAUGGAGUUCCUUACAAAACCUUUGGCUACAUCAACAUCAACAUUUCCGAGGCCGACCUGAAGAAAUGUCUGACGGUGCUGAACAAAUCCAAAUGGAAAGGAGGAACUCUGCAGAUCGAAGCGGCCAAGACGAGUUUCUUGCAAAUCCUGGCUCAGGAGCGGCAGGAGGCGGAGGAGAAGCAUCUGCAGCCGCCGGCAGCCGAGGACCAGAUAAAGAAGCAGCUGGAUUCUCUGAGCAAAGCCGGCGUGGACAACUUCACCAUGAAGGCGGCGGUGCCGGGGACGGAGGUACCGGGUCACAAGGACUGGGUGGUCAGUAAAUUCGGGCGAGUUCUCCCCGUCAUGCAGCUCAGGUGUCAGAAGGGCAACAAAGCUCGGACCCUGAAGUACGACCCGUCCAAAUUCAGCCACAACAUCCGCAAGCUGGACCGAGCCACCGCGGACCAGCCCGCGCCCGUCACGCCCGUCAGCCAGCUCACCUGGGAGGUGCAGGGAGGAGACGACGACAUCAGCAAAAAGAGGCGGGGCGAGUUCCCUCCGUACAACCCGCCAAGACCCAAGAAGAGUCUGAGAGACAAUUCCCUCAGUGCCGUGACCAGAACCAGAUUAGAACCGACCGUUCAUCUCACCGAUGCUCGACCGUUGACCAACGGAUUUGAGCGGCCGCCCGCCCGCCGACCGGCACAGAGGAAGCCGGCGCCCUUCAUCGACAGUGGCGACGACUCGGACGGGGAAAUCCGCAGGCUGGCGGCGGCUCAGAGCAGCUCCCAGGGUGCGUCGUGGCAGGUCGCCGCGGAGGAGGAAGAGGAGGAGGACAACCUGGAAGUGGUCACAUUUGACUACCUGGUGAAGUCGGGACCGUCCCGUCGGCAGGGGAGAGGUGGGCCGGAUGACGAAGACGAGGACGACUAUGAUUCCGCCGACACAGACGAACUCUUCGCCUCCAGGAAACCUCCUCCUACACCAUCGCAGGACAAACGGACUCUGCCGGCCGCAGAUCACGUCUCUGUGAAAAACACAAGCAGGAAGAGAAAGACGAAGAAGAAGGGUAAAGCUGUCCACACUGAGACUUGUCCCCCCUCUAGCAGCGAUGAUGAUGAUGAGGUUGAGGAAGAGGAGGAGAUGAUGAAGACCAGUCAGACUGUUGUUACAGCUGCUAAAGCUGCAGCAAAUGGUUUACCUUCAUCCUCCAGCGAGGAAGACGAUGACGGCUCUGAUGCCACUGAGGAGGACGAGCGCGAGGUGACCUCUGCUGAAGAUGUUGGGAAAACAGCAGCCACCCCCGCGCCACACAGCGAGUCUUCCUCCAGUGAGGAAGACGAGGAAGACGAGGACAACUCUGAUUCCGCCGACACAGACGAAGUUCUCGCCUCCGGGAAACCUCCUCCGCCAUCGCAGGACAAACGGACUCUGCCGGCUGCAGAUCACCUCUCAAUGAAGAGAGAGACGAAGAAGAAAAGUAAAGCUGAUGAGGAAGAGGAGGAGGAAGAAGAGGAAGAGGGAGAGGACGACGACUGUUCAGCAGAUGCUAAACAUCUCGUCAUGUCUGUCAGCUCUUCGAAACCAGGCAGCAGCUCAGACGACCUGAGCAAGAAAAAGGCAGUGAAGUCCAAAGUCUCCGAAUCAGAGAGUAGUGAGGAGGAUGAAGACGAGGAGGAGGAUGAAGAUGAAGACGAGGAGGAGAGUGAAGAUGAUGAUGAGGAGGAGGAUGAAUCGGCCGAAUCCUGUUCUGACUCUGAUUAUGAAGCCAUGUUUUCCAACGCCACCUGUCUGCAGAUCUCCCUGACUGAUCUACAGAGGCUAGCUGAAGAAUCCCAGCAGACCUCUGAAACUACUGCAGCUCCCAGCAUCCUCGGCGGCAGCACCGAUCGAGAAACCGACCUCGUGUCUGGCUCUGCGGCUCGACCUCCCAAGAAAGGCACCAUGCCGGAAGAGAUCCUCGCCUCCAUCAUGGAGGACGACGGCAGCAGCAGCGAGGACGAAAAGGCGAAGAAAAAGAAGAAAAGAAAAGGCGCUGCAUCGUCAUCGACGCCCAUGCUGCUGCUGCCCGCCUUCCAGGGCACGAAAACACUGGGCCAGGGACCGGAGACGAACGACUGCCAGAAGAGACACAGAGAGGAGGAGGAGGAGGAGGGAAGAGGAAGAGUGGUGAAAAAACACAAGCUGCUCUCUGAAGAGGAGCAGCAGAGGAAGGACAACGUGAGGAGGCUCGCCGCCAUCCAGCAGCGACUGAAGGAGACGGAGGAACACAAGAGGCUCAUCCAGGGAGCGCUCGCCAACCUGGACACCCCAACACCAGGAGCAGGAAAACACAUAGUCUUUGGCUCCGAUGAUGAUGAGGAGGAGGAGGAUGAAGAUAAGCAGCAGUCACCCUCGGAGGUCACGGUGACAAAGAAGAAGAGCCUGUUUGAGGACAGCCAAUCACAGGACGAGGCCAAGGAUGACAAGGCAUCAGCCAACGAGAACAAGUCGACGAAGAAGAAGGGGAGUGUGAAGCUGUUUGGCGGCAGUUCAGAUGAGGAAGGUGGUGAUGAUGAAGAGGAGGACGGAGGCAGGUUUGACCUCAGGCCUCAGUUUGAAGGUCGAGCAGGUCAUAAGCUGAUGGAGCUGCAGUCUCGCUUCGGGACCGACGAUCGUUUUCGUUUGGAUUCUCGCUUCCUGGAGGAAGACGAGGGCAAAGACGAAGAAGAGUCAGAGAGGAAGAGGAGCGUGACAGAGGAAGACGAGACACUGGAGGAGGAGAGGAAGAAGAACCUGUCCAUCCUGCAAAACGUCCUCGGCAGCAGCCAGCAAAUCUGCAGCAGCAGCAGCAAGACGGCCGGAAAAGCCAAGACCUUCAGAGACGUGUCGGCGCUGCACUACGACCCCAGCAGAGAGGAUCACGCUGUGUUUGAGACCAAACCCGAUGAAACCAAGGAGAGCAAGUCCGCCCGGAGGAAGAAGAGGGAAGAGGCUCAGAAGCUCCCGGAGGUUUCUAAGGAGAUUUAUUUCGACGUGUCCGGCGACCUGAAGGCCGUGUUUGGUCAGACGAAGGAUGACGUCACCGAGGGAGAAGAGAAGACGAACUGGGACCAAGACGAGGAAGAGGCAAGAGAAGGGGAAGAGGAGGACCCGACGCCACUGCCGUCGCUGGUCUCGGCUGAUCCUGGCGGCGCAGAGAAAGAGGAGUCUUCUGGAUUUAAAUUCUCCUUCUUUGGUGACGACGCAGAAGCAGAAAGUGUAGAGACGGCAGAGUACAAGGUGGAGAGCAUCCAGGCUCCAAAGGUGUCAUGGCAACAGGACCCACGUUUCCAAGACAGCAGCUCAGAGGAGGAGGAGGAGGAAGAUGAUCAGGAGGAAGAUGAGGAGCAAAGCAUUGCUGCACCUAUAACCACAAAAGAGGAGACUCCUUCGAAGAGCGGCCUCUCCUUCUUCUUCUACCCUGAUGACAGCCGAUUGACAGAGGGUCCGAGGCUGUUCUGUCGUCCCUCACAGCUGGAGGAGCAGAGGGAGCAGUGGGAGGAGACGAGGAGCACACUCAGACAGGAGUACCGCAAGAAACACAAGGACGCCCGCAGGAAGCUGCUGUCCUCCAUGAAAAGCUGAGGGUGUUGGGAUGUGAAGUCUGUGUUUCAGUUGGCUCGUCCUGGUUCCGGACUUUACAGUUACAGAGGUUUCCUUUUUUUUUUCCUCCCGCUUGGCGCCUAUUUUGUUCCACAGACUGAUUUUUAACAGAAGGGGAGAAACCAAACGGAAGCUGAAGACACAGACUUCCAAGUGAAACUUUGAGAUCAUCGCCGGAUUAACAAGAUCCAUUUUUUUUUGGUAAAUCCUGAGAUUUCUUUGUGGAUUGAUAGUGAAAAAGAUUCAGCUUCACUUUGUUUUUGUAUUUUUUGUAAAGUUGUAAAAUGGGAUUUUUCUUAACUUAAAUAUGAAGACGCUUUAAGUCUGUGGGAAUACACUCGGUGUCCGGUUCAUUAGAGUCCAACCUGCCUGACAGUUUGAGUCCGAACACAACGACACAUUCAUGUCAGUUAUGAUAUUCAGUUCUUCGAUCAUGUGCAGACGCGUUGAUUCGACUGUUCAUUCCGGAGGCUGCAGCUUGUUUGCGGCUGGUCGCAUCUCCGGUCUGUUAGAAUUGUCCUUCUGUAGAACACAAUGUAAAAGACAAACGCACCUC